AUGCCGCCACCGCCAGCCCCUCCUGCCAAAAAAUCCUCGAGAAGAGGGAGUGUUACUGCUCGUAAACCCUCGGAAAAAUCUGCAAAGAAAUCAGCAGGGGCAACACCAGAAUCGAAGGUAGAAACAAGAGCAAAGGCACCUCUAGCCUCGCCGGAGCAGUCGGGAAUGGCUGAGACUUUGGCCGUUUCUCUUCCCAUACCCGCUUCACCACUGAAACGGGGCACCUCUGCCGACAGCAGCGACGGCGGAGACAGUGAAGCUCGUAGGUCCGCCUCCAGGUGCAGAGGCAAAGGUAGCAGUGUUGGAGGCGGUGGAGAAGUCGAGCUAAGGCUGAACAGCAAGGGAGAGAGCGUCCUACACCGCGCGGCCAUUAAGAACAACGUGUCAGAGUUGAAGCGCCUCCUGACCGCUGGACUCUCGCCCAAUGCACGCGAUCACGCUGGCUGGACACCGCUGCACGAGGCUGCGCUGCGUGGACAUGCCGAAGUCUGUUUUCCUUUGUUUCAUCUCCAGACGAGAAUUUUAGUUAUGAUCGAUUGCCUUCUAAAUAGAGGAGGCCAAGCCGCCCAGCGUCGGCACAAUGCCUUAGAUCCUAAGUAG